AUGUUGCCUUGGUUCGUUUCUGCCCACACCGAUCGCAUCGCCAUCCUUCAAGUCAACCUCUCCCGUCACCAACGCCUCAACGUCAUCACGGCCAACGCCCCUCACAUGGGCGCCCACCAUCCGAAGCACACGACUUCUACGACUCACUCCGCGCCGCUACCCGCCUCGUCCUCGAACACAACCCACAGCUGGCGCGAUCCUGAACGGACACCGAACUUGAUCCACGGACGCGAACUCGUCAAAGGCAAAUAUAGCCAGUCUCUAGACUAA